AUGUCAAUCUACUACGCCGCUACACUUGACGUCAUCGGAGCCUCAGAAGCGAAUGGAAACUGUCACCGCAUCCUUACAGGCGCGCCUUUGUGCCAGGAUGUCUGCGGUUCUCUCAACACCGACCUGACUCUUAAGGAGGUCCUCGAUAGCCAAGGCAAGGCCACCGUUGCGGGCCACCUCGAUGUCUGCCUGUGUGCCAAGGACGUUGUUACAUUCGUGAAAUCAAACGUCGUUGCACAAAAAGCUGUCAAACUUGUCGGCGACCAUACCAAGGUGGAGACUUUGAUCUCGAACAUGAUCACGAGCCUUCCGACAGCCUCUCACUGCUCUUACCCUGAUCACGCCAGCCCCGUGUGCUCCGACUCCAAUCCAUGCAAUUUUGAAUGCACCGAUGGUUACCUUCCCUUCCCUGCCGAGAGACCCACGUCUUGUCAAUGUCCUGACCACCUCAUGGAAUGUGGUGGCAAGUGCGGUCAUUUUAAGGAGUGCCCCAGCGAAGCACCUCUGUCCCGUCGUAACAAUGAUCCCAAGUGUGCUAAUGGUCUCACCAUGUGUGGGGUCACUACUAGCACUGGUCAGCCUUGGAAGUGUGUCGAUGUUAAAACUGAUGCUACAACUUGUGGUGCGUGUGUCAAGGCGGCUCCUUACGGAAAGGCACCUAUCAACGGUGUGAACUGCAAGGAGAUCGAGGGUGUCAUUCCUGGCACUGUCACUUGCGGUAACGGCCGCUGCAUUGUGAAAGACUGCGCCGAGGGCUUUUCUGUUUCUCCUGCUUCGGAUACGUGCAUUCCUGUGUCCAAAUAUGCUCCCACCGCCCCUAAGCAACAAAACGGAGCUGCUAUUCCGAGCCCUAGUGGAAGCACUAAAGGUCCCAAGGUUUCUCGUGACGAGCGUCCCGCAGGAUCGAAGCACGAUGCGGGUGCCCCUCCCACUCCCUUCGGUGGUUUGAGGUUCCCUCGUGAUGUUGCUGGUAAUAUUCAGCAAGGCGCUAGUGCCGUCGUCGGGCCAGUCGUUGAUGUGGCUGAGCAUCUCACUGCCAGUGGUUCUGCAGGUCCCGGGGGCGUUGUCACGAAUGUUAAACAGGGCGCCGAGGUAGUUUCUCCUGUUUUAGGUGUAGUGGAGCACACCUCUGGUAGCUUCAAAGCGACGCGUGGUGUUGGAUUGCCUCACGGUGCUGGUGUUUCGCCCAAUGAUGUUGCUAAGGGUGUCGCAGCUGGUCAUAUGGGCACGCCCGUUGGCUUCCAUGGGGUCCGUGGUGUUGCCGGGGGUUUGAUACCUGGUCCUGGUCCUCAUGCUGGUCCUCAUACCGAAGAUGUAAAGCUGUGAGGCCGUUGUCCGUGCAGCUUGCUCUGGUUUACUCCUUUUGUUAUCUACUCCGCGCCUACAUACGAUAAUAUACCUAUAGCGACUCGGGUCUACAAAUACUUGACCGAUAAUCAAGUUUCCUUUUGAUGCGGC